AUCCUUUCGCGAUUUGUCAGAAAACGCGACCGACUGCGUGGUGAAAAUUCCGCAUCGGAAAAACGCCCGGAAAAGCAGUAAAAAGGGUUCUAAAAACGUUCGUCUAGUGUCCAAACAGUGCACCAGUGAGAGCCGCAGCGAAUGCCAUCAUGUCUCGCUACACGCAAAGACCGGAAAACGCCCUGAAACGGGCCAAUGAGUUUAUCGAAGUUGGCAAACCCGCCCGGGCCCUGGACACCCUGCAGGAGGUGUUCCGGAUGAAGAAAUGGGCCUAUAACUGGACCGAAUCGGUCAUCGAGCCGAUCAUGUUUAAAUAUUUGGAUCUGUGUGUGGAGUUGAAAAAAUCCCACGUAGCUAAGGAGGGCCUGUUCCAGUACCGGAACAACUUCCAGAUGGUGAAUGUGGGCUCCCUGGAAAACGUCAUCCGAGGCUACCUGAAGAUGGCCGAGGAUCGUACCGAAGCUGCUCAGCAGCAGUCCUGUCAGGCCAUUCUGGAUAUCGACGAUUUGGACAAUCUGGCCACGCCGGAGUCUAUUCUGAUGAGUGCCGUUUGUGGGGAGGACGCUCAGGAUCGGUCUGAUCGGACAAUCCUGCUGCCUUGGGUGAAGUUUUUGUGGGAGAGCUACUGUCAGUGUUUGGAACUGUUGAAGGUCAACUCGCAUUGUGAGAACCUUUACCAUGAUAUUGCCAAGAUGGCUUUCCAAUUUUGCCUGAAGUAUAAUCGUAAGAUGGAAUUCAGGAAGCUGUGCGAGAAGCUGCGGAAGCAUUUGGAAGACAUUAGCAAAGUCAGCUCCCAGACAGCCAAUGUGAGCAUUUCCAAGCCGGAAACUCAGCAACUGAACUUGGAAACACGUCUGCACCAGCUGGAUUGCGCUAUCCAGAUGGAGCUGUGGUUGGAGGCUUACAAGGCCAUCGAGGACAUCCAUGGUUUGAUGAUUUUGUCCAAGAAGGCACCGAUGCCGAAAAUCAUGGCCCUGUAUUACCAAAAGUUGGCAAUGGUGUUCUGGAAGGCUGGAAACCAGUUGUUCCAUGCAGCUGCCCUACUAAAGCUGUUCCAGUUGUCUCGAGAUAUGAAAAAGAACGUGACUCAGGAGGAAAUCCAACGCAUGACUUCCCAUGUGCUGAUUGCUACGUUGGCCAUACCACUGCCAUCGGCUCAUCCGGAAUUCGAUCGUUUCAUCGAAACCGACAAAUCUCCUCUGGAAAAGGCCCAGAAGCUUGCCGUUUUGCUGGGUUUACAGCAGCCGCCAUCAAGGGCUUCCCUAAUCAAGGAUCUACUUCGUCUCAACGUCCUUCAACUGGCUGCUCCGCAGUUCCAGAAUCUCUACAAAUGGUUGGAAGUUGAAUUCGAUCCUCUCAACUUGUGCAGCCAUGUACAAAGUGUCAUCGACGAAAUUACCGCCGAUGAAAACAGCCCUUACACUCAAUAUACUCAGGCUUUGCAAGAUGUUACUUUAGUACGUUUAGUUCGUCAAGUAUCCCAGGUGUAUCAAUCCAUUGAAUUUUCCCGCUUCCUGGCGCUUGCUAAAUUUGCUAACAGCUUCUAUCUAGAACGCAUCCUGGUAGACUGUGUCCGCCACAAUGAUAUGCAAAUUACCAUCGAUCAUCGUAAUCGAUGUGUCCAUUUCGGAACGGAUCUUAGCGAAAGCCAACGGGAGGACCAUCCGGACGGUCCGACCCUACAAUCCAUGCCAUCCGAGCAGGUUCGCUCUCAACUGGUCAACAUGUCCGUCGUCCUGCACCGGGCUAUAGCUGCGAUCAAUCCUAACCGCAAGAAGUCGGAACGCGAUCGCGUUCGAGCCCAGAUGGUCAAACAGUACGAGGAGAACAUGGUUCGCGAACAUCAACGCAUCCUUCAGCGACAGAAAAAAAUCGAAGACCGCAAGGAAUACAUCGAGAGAGUCAAUUUGGAACGCGAAGAGGAGGAACUGCGCCUACAGGAAGAAACUGCCCGACAGGUGAAGCUGGCCGAGAUGCGCCGCCUGGAAGCGGAAAAUGAAGAACGGGAACGUAAACGUCAGGAGAACGAAAUGGAACUGAUCAAGCAACGCAACCUGAAGGAAAAAAUGGACAUGUACAAACAGACCACCAUCGGGCAAAAGAUGCUGAAGGCGUACGACGAGGAAGCGUUCAUGACGAUGAACGCCGAGGAGAUCGCCGCCAAGGAAGCCGAAGAGCGGCAGAAGGAACGCAAACAGCACGAUAACGUGCUCAAAUCGCAGGAAAAGAAGGUGGACUACUUCGAGCGGGCCAAACGUUUGGAGGAAAUUCCGCUGAUCGAGAAGUACCUGGAGGACAAGCUGGUGCAGGAUAAGGAAUUCUGGGAAAAACAGGAGGCCGAGCGCAUCGAGGUGGCCAUCGUCGAACGCAAGAAUGCAGAAGUCGUUCAGGAACGUCUCAAGCGCAUGAUUCCGGAUAAGGAUGCCUUCUGGCAGAAGCUCAAGGGUGAACGUAGCAGCCAGUUCACCGAGAAGCUCAAGGCGUUCAAUAUUGCCCUGGAGGAGGAACGUAAACGGCGCAUUGCGGAACGUGUUCACCGCCGUCGGGAGGAACGACGUCAAAAGUAUCACAAGGAAAAGGAAGAAGAACGCCGCCGUAUCGAGGAGGAAAUUCGCAAACAGAAGGAGGAGGAAGAUCGCGAGCGACGGGCUGAGGAGAGAAGAAUUGAGAACGAGAAAGCUCGCAUCAUCGCCGAGAAGCAGCGCGCUAAGGAGGAGGAGAUUGAGAAGAAACUUAGCGAGGAAUGGGAACGUCUUAGAUCUACCAGAGACAAAGAGAAUUGGAGCAAUCGUCGCGAUGGGGAAGGAUCCGGAGCAGCAGCACCCACCGGUGAGCAAAAACAAGAGGGCGGCUGGAGAACCGGUGGCGGACAGCCACGAGAGCAAAAUCCUCCAGCACGCGGUGAACCUCGUGGCGAAGAACCUACUCCAAAGAAGGAAGGUAUCUGGCAACCUUCCGGUCGUUUCCGUGAUGGCCGGGGCGCUGGAGCUGGGGCUGGUGCCGGUGGAGAACGUCGGCCUGCUGCCGGAGGAGAUCAGGAAACUGGAGACAAAUGGCGUCGCGGUGGUGGUGGUGCAGGAGAAGACGAAGGAAAAGAUGAUCGUGAGGGAGGACCACGAGGAGGCGCCCGGUUUGGGGGCGAUCGUGGUGGUCCAAUGCGUCGUGGAGGUGACGAUCGGGAUGAUCGUGGUCCUAUUCGCCGUGGUGGCGAUCGAGAUGGAGAUCGUGCCGGUGGUGAUGAUCGCGGACCGAUUCGUCGAGGAGAUCGUCCUCCAAUGCGUGAUGGUGGUGAUCGUGGAGGACCACGUCGCGACGGAGGAGAACGCGGAGAAAGACGUGACUUCGGUGAUCGUCGCGAAGGCGGUGGCCGAGACCGUCGUGAUGAUCGCGGAGGAGAACGGCGCGAUGGACCUCGUCGUGAUGAUCGUGGUGGAGAGCGUGGUGGUGACAGCGCUUGGCGUCGUGGACCCCAGGAGGAGCGGCGCGGUGGCGAUGCAGGAGGUAACUGGAGAAACGCCGGACCUCGCCAGGACAAACCUCGGGAAGAGCGGCGCGAAGAUCGUCCGAGAGAACCACGCAACACCGGUCCGGAUGAGGAUGGCUGGACUGAUGUGAAACAUCAUCGUUAAACCCGGUUAUUGGAUCGCCAGAUUGACUUCCGAAGGUAUUUGCAUCUUUUGUUUUGUGCUUUCACUUCAAUCAAACUUUAAAUGAAUGAUUUAAGUGCAAAUUAAUUUUGAUUUUUUUCUUUUCAACAAACAUUUGGUUAUACAUAUAAUCUACAGGUUUGCCAACAGUGCAAACUUCUUUUUUUAAUGUGGCUUAUUUUAGUAGUAGUAAAGUAUUUAAUAUAACUAUUUGAUAAGGCUAACUGCUGUUUCCUAAACUGGGGUAAAUGAUGAAAACAGCAAUCAUUGAUUGAUUUAUAAAAUAUCUACAACAACGUGACUGUUAGGCACGUACAUAAAUAUGAAACACAUUUAUAGAUAAGUAUUGCAGCUGCUUCUUUUUCCGGUAUACAAAUAUUUGGUUUUCAUUCAGAAAUUCUAUCGCUGUAGCAUAUGGGAAAAUUAUAAACUACAUGAAGAUUCUAUACUAAAGGACAGUGUUGUGCACAAGCUCAUAAGUCAACAUAUUCAGCCAGCUGAAAGUUAAAAUUUACCCUACAAUUAUAAAUCAAUAUUCAACCAAUUUCAAAUUAAAUGACUUCAUACAAGCAAGCAGAA